UUCACCCCGGGAGGGGAACCCGGGAAGCGCCGUCAGAAGUCGAACACGAGCAGCCGCCGCCGCAACCGCGGCAGCAGCAGCAGCGCAAAAGGGGGCAGGGAGAGGGAGGCGCAGGCACCGCGGCCCCCUUGCCAAACAGCGCCAGCAGCGCCAGCAGCAGCAGCAGCAGCUCUUUUGGCUGCCUUCCCCGGCUGGGCAGGGCCAGGAAACCCGGCCACCCUCGGGCGGGCCGGGAGCAGCAGCCCCAGCCUUGCGGAGGGCGCUCGGACAAGGCUGGCGGGUGGGGGUGGGCGAGCUCCGGAGCCCCUUGGAGCUGAGCCGCACCGCCCGAAGCCGAAGGCGCAACGCGGCGCGUCCGCGGACCUUGCCUGCCUCCCCGGUCCGGGUUCGAGCGGCCGUGGUGGACGCGUGGCUGGGCGAAGCCAGGGGGGUGGCGGAGGCCGAACUCCGGCGAAGCGGCGCCCCGCGGGAGGCGGCGGCGCCUUUCCCGCAUCCUCUGGCUCCCGAACCCGGUCCCGGUUUGGGUCCGGUCCGGCCGGGCGGCGAGAAACGUUUCCGACUCUGGUACGUGGGUUGCACCAGCCUGGACCGGCGAGCCACGCUGCCUAUGUUGCCUUGGCUGAUGGCCGAAGUCCGUCGGCGCAGCCAGAAGCCAGAACCGGGCGCGGCGGUGGCGGCGGCUCGGGAGGUGCUGCUGCUCCUGGGCGCGCCCACCCUCCGCUGCGUGCCCUCCUCGCCCGGCGGCGCCCCCGGCUCGGCCGUCUUCAUCUUCGAGCACAAAGCGCAGCACAUCUCGCGCUUCGUCCACAACAGCCAGGACCUCACCUACUUCGCCUACCUGAUCAAGGCGCAGCCCGACGACCCCGACUCGCCCGUCGCCUGCCACGUCUUCCGAGCCACCGACCCCAACCAGGUUCCAGAUGUCAUCAGUAGUAUAAGACAGGCUUCCAAAGCGGCCCUCAAAGAAGAUGUCAAGCCCAAUAAAGAAAAUGAAGAUGCCUUCUACAACUCCCAAAAAUUUGAGGUUCUGUAUUGUGGGAAGGUGACGGUGGCCCACAAAAAGGCCCCCUCCUCCCUCAUUGACGACUGCAUUGAGAAGUUCCACCUCCACGAACGUCAGCGCCUGAAACUGCUGAGCGAGCACUGCAGCACCGAGUCCAGUACAGACCUCAUGACAUGGGAAGAUGGCCCCUCUUCCCCUUUGGACAGUCCAUUUCAGGAGAUGGAGGGUUCCAGCGGAGGCACCCCGGGGAUGUUCAUCGUGGGGAGCCAGACCAACCUGGCCAGUUUGGCCAGCUGCCGGACCUCUUUCCCUGAGCGGAUCCUGGAGGACUCGGGAGUGGAGGAGCAGCUGGAAUUUCGUUCUCGCUGCAGCAGCGCUGCCAGCCUGCAAAGGAGAGCUCAGGAGAAUAACUCCAAGCCUUUAUCCCGAAGGCGCCAUGCCAGCGCCCCGAGCCACGUCCAGCCCUCCGACUCUGAAAAAAACAGGACAAUGUUGUUUCAGGUUGGUCGAUUUGAAAUUAACCUCAUCAGUCCAGACUCCAAAUCAGUUGUGUUGGAGAAGAACUUCAAAGACAUCUCCUCGUGUUCUCAGGGCAUAAAAUACAUCGAUCAUUUUGGCUUUAUAUGUCGGGAAUCCACUGAACCUGGAAUAAGCCAGUAUGCGUGCUAUGUCUUCCAGUGUGCAAGCGAGUCUCUGGUGGAUGAGAUCAUGCUGACUCUGAAGCAAGCUUUUAGCACCGCAGCUGCCUUGCAGAAUGCCAAAACCCAGGUCAAACUCUGCGAGGCCUGCCCGAUGCACUCCCUUCACAAGCUAUGCGAGAGGAUUGAAGGACUUUAUCCACCAAGAGCCAAGCUUGUCAUUCAGAGGCACCUGUCCUCUCUCAGCGACAACGAGCAGGCGGACAUCUUCGAGCGUGUUCAGAAAAUGAAACCGGUUAGUGACCAGGAAGAAAAUGAGCUGCUGAUUUUCCACUUGCGCCAGUUGUGCGAGGCAAAGCAAAAGACCCACAUCCACAUUGAUGAGGCCCCGAUGAACACGUCUAAUAAUACAAUCCCAGAAAACACCACUAGCAGUGGAAGAUUCACCCUGGAUAUCCUGAAGAACAAGGCCAAGAAAUCCUUAACCAGCUCUCUAGAAAACAUCUUCUCCAGGGGAGCCAGCCGCAUGCGUGGUCGCCUGGGGAGCACGGAGAGCUUUGAAAGGUACAACCAUCUCACUUCCGACAAAGACUGCUCCUCUGGGGACUCCCCACCCUCCACACCUCCGGCGUCUCCUGUCGCCUUGGCCAGACACCCGUUUCCCGAAGAGGACUCCGACUCUCCCCAGUUCAGAAGACGCGCCCAUACUUUCAGCCACCCGCCCUCCGCCUCCAAGAAGAGGAUCACUUUCCAGAAUGGACGAUCUCAAAGCGUCCGGUCGCCCCUCCUGAGGCAAAACUCGGCCGAACAAAGCAGCGAUGUGGAGAAAAGGAAGAGGACUUCCUCGGUGUGUAGCAGCGAUUCUCUAAAUGCUGGUGGUCUCACCCUGGCCCCCCGUCGGAUCUCCUGGCGGCAGAGGAUCUUCCUAAGGGUGGCAUCACCCAUGAAGAAGUCUCCUUCGGCCAUGCAGAUGCAAGAUGGCUGUGAUGAAAAAGAACUGCUGCCGUUAUCCCCGCUUCCACCGUCUUUUGACGAAGUGCCCCUGGUUUCCCUCUUGCAAAAUGAGGAUGUUCAAGAUCAGAGCGGAGAGAAGAAGAACUCGGAGGAGCUGCAGAGCCUGUGGAGAAAAGCAAUCCACCAGCAGAUCCUUCUCCUCCGGAUGGAGAAGGAAAACCAGAAACUGGAAGCGAGCAGAGAUGAGCUCCAAUCCAGGAAAAUAAAGCUGGACUAUGAGGAAGUUGGAACCUGUCAGAAGGAUGUCAUUAACAUCUGGGACAAGAAACUGUUGAAUUGCAGAGCCAAGAUCAGAUGUGAUGUGGAAGACAUUCAUACCACCCUGAAAGAUGGUGUCCCCAAAAGCCGCCGGGGAGAAAUUUGGCAGUUUCUGGCCGUGCAGCACCGCGUCAGACACCGGCUCCCAAAUAAGCAACAGCCUCCCGACAUCGCCUACAAAGACCUCCUGAAGCAGCUGACGGCACAGCAACAUGCCAUCCUGGUGGACCUGGGAAGGACUUUCCCCACUCAUCCCUACUUUUCGGCUCAACUGGGCGCAGGGCAGCUCUCGCUCUUCAACCUGCUGAAGGCCUACUCCUUGCUGGACAAGGAAGUGGGCUAUUGCCAAGGCAUCAGUUUCGUGGCCGGCGUGCUGCUCCUCCACAUGAGUGAAGAGCAAGCCUUCGAAAUGCUGAAAUUCCUCAUGUAUGAUCUCGGAUUCCGGAAACAGUACAGGCCCGACAUGAUGUCACUGCAGAUCCAGAUGUACCAGCUGUCAAGGCUGCUUCAUGAUUAUCACCGGGAUCUUUACCACCAUCUCGAAGAAAAUGAAAUCAGCCCGAGUCUGUAUGCUGCACCCUGGUUUCUCACUUUAUUUGCCUCGCAAUUCCCCCUGGGAUUCGUAGCCAGAAUCUUUGAUAUUAUUUUUCUUCAAGGUACAGAAGUCAUAUUUAAGGUAGCGCUAUGCCUGCUUAGCACCCAGGAGGAGAGCAUCAUGUCAUGUGAGACAUUUGAAGGCAUUGUGGAGUUUCUUAAGAACACUCUCCCAGACAUGACACAGCCCCAGAUGGAGAAGAUAAUGGCCCAGGUAUUUGAGAUGGACAUUUCCAAGCAGCUUCAUGCCUACGAGGUGGAGUACCAUGUUCUGCAGGACGAAUUGCAAGAGAGCCUGAGUCCUUGUGAGGAAGUUGAAGCUUCAGAGAAACUUGAACGGGCCAACAGUCAGCUGAAGAGGCAGAAUAUGGAUCUCUUGGAGAAACUUCAGGUGGCCCAUGCUAAGAUCCAAGGCGUGGAGUCCAACUUGGAAGAGGCCUUGAAAAGGGAGAGCCAGAUGUUGACUUUAAUCCGGUCCCUGGAAGAGGAAAAGGCUCUAUAUCAGAAGGCCCUGGAGAAGAUCUGCAGCUACCUGCCCCAAGAAGCCCUGUCUGACUGUGAAGAGCUGCUGAAAGAAGUCAACUGUCCUCCAAACAAAUUCUAGAAGAAAGCCAUCGACGAGAGAGAGAGAGGAAGCAGUGGGGGAGAAGAGAAAGAGAGAGAGAGAGAACAUGUUUUCUUCUCACCGAUGGAACGAAAGAAACAAGCCAGGCCGCUGCUUGGAAAGGAGAGCCACCUCAUUUCACAGGAUCCUGCAAGCAGCCGCCGCCAUAGCGAAGGGGCCUUUUUUUCAACCUCAAUAUGCAAAUCCCAGGUUCAUGUCUGUCUUUCUUUCUUUCUUUUUUUUGUUUAAAUAACGCGUGUACAUAAUUCGCAGUGCCCAGGACAAAAAAUGGGACCCAAUGAAGAAGAAGAAGAAGAUCAGGUGUAUAUUUUGGACUGAUCUAAACGGGGAAACCAGUGGAAUUGGAGACUGCUUGUAACUUAGACGUUGAAGACUCUUCCCUUCCCUCAGUAAAGGAAGGCAACGGGGUCUUUUCUAUACGCUGAUCAACACUUGAAAAAAAAUAAAAAUCAAGAAUGUAUUUCCACCUCCAAAAAGCAGCACAGGUCCCAGCUGAGGGGAGUACCUGGGGUUGGGGGGGGGGGGGUGCGCUGCUGUGCAGGUCUGCUACAUGUUGGGGGCCCGUUUCUAAAGUUCCUCAGGGAAGAGCGCUGGUCCUUCCUUUGUGCAGGAACAGUUGUGUUCCUGUAGACACACAACGGACCUUUCCUCCUGUCUCCUUCAGGGAGAGCUCAUGAUGGCUGAUGCUGCCGUGCCUGACUGAAAAGUCACCCAUUCCCUAUCCAGAAAAGCAAGGAAGGCGUAUCAGGGACCUCUUCACUCCUCCUUCCUUGUGAGACAGAGAAUGAAAACGAAGGGCGGUUGAGGUCAGGG